AUGGCCAAAGAUACUGAGCUAAAUCCCCAGAUGUUGACCUACUUUUAUGCAACUGCUGCUCUGUAUAUAGCCAUAUUAGUAUUCGGUAUUGUGUGGUACCUUAAAGAAGGCAGAAAACCCUACGGUCUUGAUGAGAACGCAGAAAAACUCACUGGUGGACAGAAGACGACGAAAAAGAACCAGGGGCAGGUUGCAAUAGACAUUGAAGAGGGAGAUAACGUCGCUCUUGAGCUCGAGGGAGGUGUCGAUGACCCGGUGCAACUACGUCCGCCGGACGAUGAAGCGGAGAUCCAUAUAGAAAGAGAUCCACUUCUUGCUGAAGAAAGAAAUAUUCCAAGAGAAGUCGACGCAUUUCACGGGGACGCUGCGUUCCUGAUUCGCCUUCUAGAGAGAAACCAGGUCCGAGAAGCGGAACACGUGACAAAGUUGAUGUCACGACCGUUUAAGGAAAUGCUUGAAGGUGUGGUCUUUGAUCCAGAUAAAAUAAGAAUUCAUCACGAAACUAUCGAGGAUGAUGACACUGUGACCGUCAACCUAGAGUGGAACGGGCCGCUCAGAGGAGAAUACACGGGUUUUACAAUCGCGGUAGAAAAGAGAACCGACGAGAAUUUUGUGACUGAUACUGCAGUGCGCGUUGUAGAGGCAGAAGUUGAACCCCCAGAACCCAGUUCAUUUGGUCUAAAAAAAUCAUCUGGUACGUUCGCAAGAAGUGACAGAAUGUUAACAUUGGUCGGUAUGGUCGACAAAGGAAACGUGACGUCAUUAUUUUUGCAAUACAGUGUUUUCUCCAUCCAAGCUAGCAAGAGUGGGACUCAUUCGAAAACUACCACGAAAUCGCGUGCAAUUACAGAUAUUAUAACUGGCAAGGAAACUGAUAUUGAAGUGGGAGAUCUUCAACCAGGGACGCUCUACAGGUUUAUGUUGAAGUGUAGAUGUGACUAUAGUAAAAUGAAAACUGAUGAACGGCCAAUUGACAUGGACACUGCUCAUACCGAAAGUGAUUUCGUAGAAAUAGCUGUUCUUACAAACCCAGGUGAGGUGACAACAGUGGAACUGCAAAAAGAAAUACUGCCGAAAUUGGAUACUACGACAAGUAUCCCAAUACGUUGGGUUAAGCCAAAGGGCAAUGUUGAUAGAUACACUGUGUUGUACAGAAGAAGCCAGGAUGAUGUCUUUCGACAAGUCCCAUCUUACAAAGAAAGCUGUAUCUUAAACGGGCUCACACCAGGCACCGAGUACACUAUUAUUAUUGGAGCGGAGUGCUGCACUGAUAACGAGGUUUUUGAAUACCCUCCAGGAGACCAGAUACAGGACAGUGCCGAAUCAAAAUAUAUUGGGGGCAAGAAAGUCCAGGCAAAUAUCAAAUUAUACACAAGCCCGGCAAAACCGGCAGAAAUGACAGCUGAUUCAACAUGUACCAGUAUAGGUGUUACAUGGGUGAAACCGGUAGGGAAUGUGCAGUCGUAUGUGGUCUGUUGGAGUGAUGACAGUGGGGAUACUGGUUUCAAAGAGGUUCUAAGCGACACGUGUACAUAUACCAUCAAUUACCUACAGCCAGGCACCAAAUACAAUCUGUCGGUGCAAGCCAAAAGCAACGGAAUUCAAAGUGAGAAAGAAAGCAUUUCCAAAGUUACAGUGCCAGCCAGUGCUGUUGACGUGAGCAUCUUUGAUUUUGAUGAUGAUACAUCGAAAGUGAGAGUUUCAUGGGGACUAUUACAAGGGCAUGUUGAUUUAUAUACUGUGAGGUGUAUGGACAGAGUUAUGCAUCAAGAAUGCUACAAUCGUAAGAUUAAAGCUGUUGACUGCCACGAUGAAUACUGCGUGGACAUAGAUGAUCUCAUUCCAGGUCGUAGUUACGAAGUCAGCAUAGCUGCCAACAGCUGGGAUCUUCAGGGUGAAAAGGAGGAUAAGAAAUUCUCUACCAAGCCAAACCGCCCAAAAAAUGUCCAAUUAGAUUGUGAACCCGGUGUGGAUCGUUCUGCGUUUCAAUGGGAAGCUCCUGUUGGAGAUGUGGAGGAAUACAUAGUGAGAGUAAAACAGAAAGGCGGGGGUCAUUGUCUUGAUGAUAUACAGACGACUAAAAACCGAAUUAUCGUGGGCGAUCUCUCCCCGGGGACAACGUAUCUUGCUUCAGUGGUAUCCGUCAGUCAAGGAAAAGAAAGUGUACCUUCAUGUAUUACGUUCAUAACAGCUCCUGAUCCACCAGAAGAAGUUCAAUUAGAUUUACGUGAUGGAACAAGUGUUAUUGUCACUUGGAGACACCCGUCAUCUGGUCUGUGGGAUGGGUACAUUGCCCGCUGUUACUGUAAUAACACCGUGGAGAAAAUUACAGAGGUGAAAACGAAAGUUGAAAAAGCGGAAUUCUGCGACCUUGUACCUGGAAGCAAGUUCAAGUUUACCGUAGAGUCUUGCUCAAACGGGCGUUUUAGCGAACACGCAGAAAAAUAUUACCUGAUCAGGCCCGGCAAACCAACAGUUUUUAAACAAGAAAGAUUUGAUACAAGAACUUUGUAUCUCAAAUGGAGUCCACCGCUCGGUGUAGUAAAUGAGUACAUAGUGAAAUAUGAUGGUUAUGGCGAUGAUGGCCAAAUAACGACAGAGGCUACCAGCAAAACUCUUUGCAAUCUAAUCCCCGGUACUCGGUAUACUGGGGAUAUCAUAGCGAGGGUAUUUGAUGACGAACAAACUUUUGAAGGGCUGACAGAGAAAUGGACGGCUAUCACAGGUCCCGAGCAGAUAGAGGGCUGUGACAUAAAGCAACUGUCCGUCAAGUGUUUAGAGCUUUGCUGGCAGCACCCGCAGGGACAUGUCGACCAUUUUCAAAUGUGCUACUGGCCGAGUGGGAAGAGCUAUAGCUCUAGGAGCAAAGAGACGCGGGAGACACUGAUGGUCCUCUCAGAUUUGGACCCUGGUACAUCUUAUGAAGCUCAUAUCACAACGGCGUCAAAUGGAAGGACAAGUGAACCUUAUCAUAUUGCAUUUGCUACAGACCCGGAUAUACCAUUAGAUUUAACAGCAGCAUGCAGAGGUUCAACACUUGUUGAUGUAAAAUGGAAAAAACCACGAGGAUUAUUUGACCAUUUCACUGUUGGAUGGCGUUUACCAGAUGAGGAGGAGGAAUAUGAAACCAGAGAUACAACAAAAACAGAUCAUACAAUUGCUGGCCUAGCGCCUGGUACCCAGUACGAAAUCAGUGUUUCUUCCGUCAGUAACGGGAAGAAAAGUGAACUCUGUUCUAUUGGUGUGCAAACAGACCCGGCUCCAAUAACAGCAAUCCACAUUGAUCCUGGCGUUGAUAGUGUCACGUUGAAGUGGGAAAUGCCUAAGGGCAAAGUUGAUGAAUACCAGUUACAAUUAAAUGGUCCCAAAGAUCAACAAGAGGGAAAGACGUUUCCCAUUGGAGAGACAGAAGAGGCAGAAAUACAUGUAGCUGAACUUACUCCAGGAACAACAUACCUUGCCAAGCUAUUUGCCAUGCGAAAUGACCAGAGAAGUAAACCUUAUCGUUUCAAGUGCUCGACAAGUCCCGAGCAGAUAGAGGGCUGUGACAUAAAGAAACUGUCCGUCAAGUGUUUAGAGCUUUGCUGGCAGCACCCGCAGGGCCAUGUUGACCAUUUUCAAAUGUGCUGCUGGCCGAGUGGGAAGAGCUAUAGCUCUAGGAGCAAAGAGACACGGGAGACACUGAUGGUCCUCUCAGAUUUGGAUCCUGACCCGGAUGUACCAUUAGAUUUAACAGCAGCAUGCAGAGGUUCAACACUUGUUGAUGUAAAAUGGAAAAAACCAGGAGGAUUAUUUGACCGUUUCACUGUUGGAUGGCGUUUACAAGAUGAGGAGGAGGAAUAUGAAACUAGAGAUACAACAAAAACAGGUCAUACAAUUGCUGGCUUAUCGCCAGGCACCCAGUAUGAAAUCAGUGUUUCUUCAGUCAGUAAUGGGAAGGAAAGUGAACCCUGUUCCAUUGAUGUACAAACAGACCCGGCUCCAAUAACAGCAAUCCACAUUGAUCCUGGCGUUGAUAGUGUCACGUUGAAGUGGAAAAUGCCUGAGGGCAACGUUGAUGGAUACCAGUUACAAUUAAAUGGUCCCAAAGAUCCACAAGAGGGAAAGACCUAUCCCAUUGGAGAGACAGAAGAGGCAGAAAUACAUGUAGCUGAGCUAACUCCAGGAACAACAUACCUUGCCAAGCUAUGUACCAUGCGAAAUGACCAGAGAAGUAAACCUUAUUGUUUCAAGUGUUCAACAAGUAAGUGCCAGCUAUUUGUUCAACCCGAACAUUAA